AUUUUUUAGUAUUCCGAUGUUUUGCGGUUAUGCUGCGAUGGACGGCCAUGCGCAUGCGCCGCUGCACUGUUAUGUAAAAAGCAUCAGCUGAUUUGUGCAGUACACGAUUAUUGGUUUGGCGUCUACAUUACCAGCUGUUCUAUGGCAGUGUUCUCUCAUCACGUUUUGUUUGGUUCUCCCUCGCUUUAUGCGUCUUCCUCUUGAAAGUUGAGUUUGACGAUUUAGUUUAUAAACGUACAGAACAUGAUGUCUUCUAAUUCUCCUGAUUCACAUAAAAUUUCCCUGAAAAUAAUUGAAGCCAUUAAACAACAUCCAGUUUUGUAUAUUUCUGAAGUCAAAGCUACUAAUUUCAAGGUACAAGAAUUUAGACAAAAAGUUUGGAAAAGAAUUUCUGAUGAGUUAGGUCUAGACCCUGGAUGGGUAAAAUUAAAAUGGAAAAAUCUCAGGGAUACCUAUUGUCGGAUACUAAAAUACAAAAACAAAUCAGCUAAAGGAGAGAGAAGAAAAAAAUGGAUCUUUGAAGACCAUUUGAGUUUUCUUAAAUUUCCUUACGAGCCAAAUUAUGAAGCCCAAUAUGUUGAGCUCACUGAUGAAUAUAUCAAAGAUAUAAACACAGAAAUCAUUAGUGCACACGAUCUUAUAGAGCAAUUGGAAGAAAAUGACGACGAUGAUGAUUACAGCGAAUAUUUGGAAGUGCUUGAAGAAGAUACAAGUAUGGAAGAAAGUCAUAUACAAGAGUCUUGUAUAGAUAAUGUAGAUAGCAAUGAUAAUGACAAUGACAAUGCCUUACCAGAAGCCAGCAAUGAUCAAACAUUGGAGCGCUUAGCAAUAGACGCUUAUGCAAAACAAAUUCAAUCCAAAUUUAGAAAGAUCAGGCCAAAAAAUUCAAAAUUAGAAGAAAGCAAGCAGUCCAAUUCAAUAACACCCAUUUUCAUAAAUACUCCAGGAGUAUCUGUGUCUUUACAUAAAACUAAGCCAAUAAUUCCAAAAAUACAACCUGUCAAAAGAAUACCAAAAUUACAUUCUCAAAAUUCAUUUGAUCACAAAGGGAGUAUAGAUCAAUUUUUUAAUAGCAUAGCACAGACAGUCAAAAAAUUACCUCCUAAAGCUCAAGCUGAUAUAAAAAUGGAUAUAUGCAAAAUUGUGUCAGAAGCAGAACUUAAUCAUCUUAGGCAAAAUCAUGUACAAAACUUGCAAAAGUAUACAAAAAUGCCAGGAAUGAUUCCAAAAUUAGUAUUGGUUCCUUGUCAAUUGUUGGACAAUGAAAAUCAUAAAGUCUGAUGAAUAAAAGUUUCAGACUAUAACUUAGUUCUUAAGAUAAAAAAUAUUUUAAUAAGUUUUAUACAUGAAAAUAAAUUAUUUUUUAAAUUAAAAGUAUAUAUUUUUUUGAAAUACUAAAUUUUCGGGAAAAAAAUUAAAGACAACGAUAAAAAUAACUAUUUUGCAUGAUAUUUUAAAGUUUUUAAAUGUCGAACUUAACCGAAAUUAGUGCACUCUAGUGUUCUUUUAUGAAAUUAUCGUUUUUGUUGAAAACUUACCUUGGCAGAUGACUAUACUGUAUACCAGCAUAUGCUAUAUAUACUACGUGAUGUAAACACCCGCCGAAUCGCGUGCCGUGUAGUUUUGUUUUUGCCUUUUCCUUGUGACACUUCCAAUUUGGAUUUUGAUACAGGUACUGAAAAUCCUAAUAAUGAGAAUAUAAUUUUGGACCUCUUAUGCAUUAAAGUUACAAUAUGUCACUUUUUCCUGCAUAUUCUGAUGCAUCAAACAGUGAAAAAAGUGAAAGCAAUGUUGAGAAACAAAAUCAACUAAACCAAGACAAAAGUUGGCUUGAAAAUUCCAGUUAUCAGGAGAUUUCCAAAUCUUUAUAUUCUUCUAAUGACAAUAACGAUUGGACUGAUAGCUCUGAGACUGAAGAUGAUGACGACAAAAUUGUUAAAAAUAACAAAGAAGAAAAUGCUGGUUGUAGCAAGUCAAUUGUUUUACAAAAAACAGAAAAUAAUAGCAGGGUUCCUUCUGCAAUCAAGGAUGUAAGCAACAAUGAUAAUCUGUUCUUUAUAGACAAGGAUAGGAAUAAGAUGUUUUAUUCCUUGAACAAAUUGGAACGUGGUUUGAAGCCAUACUACAAAUUAUCUAAUAACAGAUUAGGUUUUAAAUCUCAUAAGCCAAGAAAACAUAAGAAUUUUCAAAGGUAUCAUGUAACAAAUUUGGAUAAUAACCAAAAAAAA